GCCUCAAAAAGCGAAAUUCAUGUGCGUGUCGAACAAAAGCUUCAAUGCUUAAAGGCUAUAAAAACUUGAAUCCGCAGUUGACCAACACUUCGCAUUAUAAAAUGGCUCUGACUGGAGGUGUGAAACCGGACGAGGAAUUAAACUUUAUCCUUAAGUCUCUGGCAGAGAGAGGAAAGGACGGUGAAAUAUUUAAGAAGUACAACGAGCAUUUUACUAGCGAUUUUCUUUUACCACGGCAGUUAUUUACCGAGUCAAACAAUAGCGAAAUCGAUCACGAUCACAUCAUGUUACGGGCUUAUGGAAGCUCAGCUGAAGAUCUGCAGUUCUACUCUCCCUUCGAUGCUGGAGACAUUGAUCUUAUGAUCUUUCCACAUUCAGAUAGCUUGAUGAUUUGCGAGGAACGGCUUGAAUAUUCACUCGAAAAUCCCCUGCAUGUGAGAAUCAAAGGCAGCGAUCAUCCCGUGUUACAGUCGUGCCUCGUAGAAAAUACAGAGUACGUGGCCACUUCAGCCUUAAAGAAUUUUUCUCAAGCAAUUUUUGGGUCGUCUGUUCCCUUUCUAGUCGACUGCGUUUCCGAUAUCUCCCGGCUAACCUCAAUGGAUGGUUUUCCACUCCGUGUGACCGCCCACCUGAAGAAGCAAACCGCAAACAGCCCAGCUAUAACACUUACUAUGUCUCACUUGUUGGGAACCAUUUCCAAAUACACGGAGCUGUUAAAAGUCGACUCACACAGUGUCUUUAUCAACGGAGCAGCAGCUGAAAUGGAAUGUAUUAUUCAUUUCUUGUUUUUUUUCAACGGAAUUGACUACACCAGAGAACACGCUGAAAUUGUCAACGAGUAUUUGUCACUAUCGGUAGCCACGGAAAAUGCGGAUAAAGAUAUUCCUUUUUUAGUUUUUGUUUCAGACGUUUGGAAAAGAUUGCAAAAGUGUCUCACCCAAAUUAAAGAAAUCGUAAGUCGGUCAAAUAACAAAACUUUACAUAACGAUGAUCCCAAAAGAGUCACGCCUGAAAAGGGUGACGGAAGUGGAAGCCCCCAAAAUGCGGAAAAUUGCCCGCGAAUGACGUUAACUUCCAAUGGCGAUUCAUGUGUCACAGUUCAAUCACAAAGUUGUGAUACAUAUGCUGAUCACAGGUAUCCCACAGUCUUCGAAUUCACCUCAAAACCAUCAAUGAUGAAUUCAUAUUCUGCGAAUAAUUUUCAUCAUUUUACAAAAAAUUCAAUAUCGACUGGUAAGCAAAGAGGUGCAGGUGAUGAUUUGGAAGGCAAAAUAGAAAAGAAAGAGCACUUGGACUGCAACGAGGAUAUCGGAAAAUCAAACACAGAUCGACAAUCACAAGUUAAAAAAGAAGAGUUCGCUUGGGAUAAUGGUAAAGAGAAAAAGGCAAAGGGUCAAAAUGAAACGAAUGAGCUUAAAAGAAGAUUGUCCAGAUGGGCUGAGCUAAUGCAGGCUGGCCAACGAAAUAAAACACUGGAAACACAAUUUUUGGACACUGAGCGAGUUGAAAACGGGAUCGAUUUAAUCCCUGCCUUUAGAUCUCACAGCUGGCCAAACGUUGCGAGAGAAUGGAUAAACAGAGAGCGCAAAUGGCCUUCCCCCGACAUUGUCAGCAAGGUUAUUAGUGAGGGGUACCACUUGGUAGCUAAGUCGGCAAAGUUAAAUGGCAAUCCAGAUCGAGACUUCAGGAUAUCCUUUUCUCAUGCAGAAUACCUGCUAAGCCAAGAGAUGAACGACAUCCAGCGUGACUGUUACGUUUGCAUGAAGAAAAUCCACCGCGCUUAUCUUUGCACUCAGCCGAAGAGUUUGGUCUCAUUCCAUCUGAAAAACAUUCUUUUGCUGACAAUCGAAGAAACCGGUGUGGAGAAGUGGACCGACAGUAAUAGAGCCGAGUGCAUGAUGGUACUCCUCCGAAACCUUUUGACAGCUCUUACGAAGAGAGAUCUACGACAUUUCUUUGUGAGGUCGUACAAUCUGUUUGGUGUAGAUUACAUCGAAAACCCUCAGAUUCUUGAAUUCCUAGCAAUGAAAGUUGAGGAAAUCUUAGAAAACCCAAUGCGAUUUUAUAAGCAGUUGAUUCAGAACCGAGGAGAAAAAAGGGGAGAUACAAAAGAACAACGCGUUUCCCAGAAAAGAAUUCGGGAAGGCGAGCGAUCUACGUCUUCAAAACCUGCCACAGGACAAGGAAAUGACACACUGGGAGGAAGUUCAUCCAAGGAUAGUUGUGCCAUCCAACACAAGAGAGAAAAUGAAGCAGUUCCUUUACUGCCAACGAAAGCGACUCGAGAAAGCUCCUCAGCUGGAAGUCAUCGGUACCAUGAUCUGAAGGAUGUUUAUCAGGUUGUCACCGAGGAAUUGAUCCAAAUAGCUUGCCACGAGGGUAACCACAAGGUUGCAGCUAUGAACCCUUUAGAAAUGUCCUUAAUAAAGGAUCUCGUGGGGCUUGUAAGGAAAUACAACAUCCCUGUUGGAGCGCUUCCUGGAUUGUUUAACAUCCUCUGGCACAAAAGAGCCUACUACUGGAUUUGGAUCAGCACUGAAUCAGAUAUAAGGCACCGCGUUCUUGUCGCAAUCCAGGGUGGACUUGAACUAUUAAUGCACCAUUUAAAGCAAGACAACUUCUGGGGGGGAAAGAACGGUGAAACAUUUGAAGCUUUCUUCGACAGAAUAUUUGACCCUGCUGUUGAAAGUCCUUCCCACCUACGCCACAUGUUGCCAAGUGAUAAUUUUAUACAAUUAAUGUACAAAGUUGCCAACAGUUUCAAGAUUUCGUCAGUGGAAGACCUCAGGGAAAUGGGAGAGAAAUAUCUUGACCUGACCCAUCCCAACGCCAGUGCAUUAUUUGAUCUCCUCUUGCACUCCUGGUUCAGAGCUCGGACCAGCAGUGAAUUAGACAUGGUGCACCGUCUGCUUGGUAUAUUGCAGUGUGAAGCUCAAUCAGCGAUGGUGCAACAAACUAUGGAAGACAAAGAUCAACAAGGAGGUAGCAUUGGCGCCUUAAAAAAUUUAAUCCAAAGAGUGUUUGAUGUUUGUAUUACCGCCUUUGCGAGAUCACUACAGAAAAACGUGGCUAAGAACGUGGAUGGCAUUCCAUUAGACUGAAAUCUCCACUAUUCAGGGGGAUUUUUACUUUUCUUGUCACGGCUAGGGUUCGUAGUGCUGUAUAAACAAACGACCCAAGUUCAUUCUUGCUAAUGACUCAAAAACUCAUAUUGGCUUUAAAUGGAUUAAAUUUUUUAUUGUAAUUGAUUGAAAGGGCACUUGAGACUGCGUAAGAACCGAGAGGUAAUUAUACGGGGGAUUUGUAAUCUUGUUUUCAGAUCUCUAAUGGACGAAGCCCACAAGAAAUCAGGGAAUUGGCCAGAACGAGAUUAGGGGGAUUGGAAAACCGUUAGUACAUUUGUAUAUCUUUUUAUGUUAUUAUAGUACUCAUCUACAUAAUGUGAAUGUGUGAAAUACCAUUUGAAUCAAAUGCGAGAGGAAAGUAAUCUAAGACCCUGAAAUUACAUUAGUUCAGAAUAUUUAACAGGAGCAGCUGAUGUCCAAUUGGGAAAUAAUGAGAUGAAAAAAAAUUCAAAGACUGCCAAAAUUGGAUGAAGGUGCAGGCUAGGCCGACUUCAAUUUGGCAGCCAUGAAGAAUUUUUGAAUUUAGUUAUAUCCAUUAAGGUUACCGGAUACCUUUAGAAGUAUCUCGCAUCCAAGCGAUGCAGCACGUCUUGUUUAAACUGUAGAUACCUAAAACCAUAUAUCAAAUUAAAAUUUAUAGAGCUGGCUAUCAA